AUGAAAGGUAAUAAAGAAUAUCGAAGAUUUAUAAAAUUUGUUGAAAAUCUUAUUUAAAGUGAUUAUUGUACAGAACUAAUAGGUAUAACACAAGAAUAAAUUGUUUAUGGAACUUUUCUAGAUUAAACAAUAGAUAUAUUUAUAUAAUUUAAAUAAGGUUUAUAUUAACUUGUGGUGAUUAUGAUUUGAAUUUAAUUUUGAAAAAGGCUAUUAAAAAAGGAAUGGCAAUAUCAAAAGAACUAUAGUGUUACAUAAAUAUUAAACAAAAGUAAAAAUUUACAGUAUUCAUAAUUCUAAAAAAAUUUAAGAAAUAUAAAAUAGUAAAGGAUCCAAAUAUAUUAGAUUAAUGUGGAUUAAACUUGAAAUAAUUACACUAUAGUGGAAUUGAUGAUUUGAAGAAUAUAUUUAGAAUUAUUGAUAAAUGA